AGUGCUUUGUAGUUUAUUCUACAAGAGAAGCUAUAUAAGUCGACCAAGGCCUCACCACGCCAAAAUCCUUCAGUUCUAACAGGUAGCUGACGAAAUCAAGGGAGAUAAGUCUCAUUGUCUCCGACGAAGAAUCCCUCACCGCUGCUGCUGCUGCUAUUGUCAGUCUCUUGUCAACACGAGAACCACCACCACCACUAUGUGCGAAGCUCCGACACAAGCGUUGCCUAAUAAGGUGAACAAGUCCUUACUGCUGGCGUUUGAUUUUGACCAUUCUCUCAUUGAUGUCAACUCUGACAAUUACGUGACGAAACUGGUGCCACCAAUUCCUGUGGAAAUAAAGAAACGGUACAGCAGCCAAUGCUGGGUCUAUUAUAUGGGAGCAAUCUUUGAACACAUGCAUCUACAAAAAAUUACUCCUACUCAAAUCUUGGACUGUAUGAAUGAGAUUCCAUUUGUGAAUGGUGUCAUGGAACUGGUAAACUUCUUGGACAGAGUUGAUGUGGAGAUGAUUAUUAUUUCUGAUGCUAAUAGUGUAUUUAUUAAACAGGUGUUGGAAAAUGCAAAAAUUGCACACUUAUUUGCUGAAACUUUUACGAAUCCUGCACAUUUUGAUGAAACUGGUUGCUUACGAGUGCAGUGUUACCACAACCAAGAUUGGUGCCAGUUGAGCACGACGAAUUUGUGCAAAGGAAGGAUCUUAGAAGAUUACCUGAAGAAACGUUGCGAUGAAGGUGUGAGCUUCUCCCAUGUUGGGUUUGUCGGUGAUGGAAUACACGAUUAUUGCCCCUGCCUCACACUUAGGGAGCAAGAUUUCACAUUUCCACGUAUAAAUUACAAUCUGUGGAAAAAAAUUAACAAGAUGCCUAAAAAUGAUGAACUUUCGUUGAAAUCUCAGAUUAUUCCAUGGACAGAUGCAUUUGAAAUUCUCGAAACUCUGAAAGCUGUUCUCUAAGAGACCUGUGAAACAUUUAUGAAACCCUAACCUCAAGGCGUUAAAAAAAAAGACGUAACUUAACUGACGUUUUAAGAUGGGAAAUAUAUAAUGAUAAACCAUGCAUAUAAUUAUAUCCGUGAGUUUUAUGUGUAUGUAAUGUAUAUAUUCUUAAACAAGAAUGUUGUUGAUAAUGACUGAAGUUUUGGUCAGUUAAGCCAUCAUCAGACUGCCACGGCUUAACUGGCCAAAACUUAGAAGUGACUAUCAACGGCAGUCUUUUUUUAGAAUAAUAAAUUUGUACUCUACAAAAAUAUGGGGCAACCCCUCAGGUUAA